UUGUGAGUUUGCAAAAUAGGAAGGAAAAUGAAGAACUUAAAUCUUCAUGCUCUUGCUUGCCUAUGUUUCUCCUUUUCCCUCCUCUUUGAUUUUGUUGCUCCUACCUUAUUGUUUCAGGGUUUCAAUUGGGAAUCAUGCAAUAAAGCAGGAGGAUUAUACAAUUCACUGAAGAACUCAAUCGAUGAUUUGGCUAGAGCUGGAGUUACCCAUGUUUGGCUUCCUCCACCUACUCACUCCGUUUCACCUCAAGGUUAUUUACCGGGAAGAUUAUAUGAUCUUGACUCCUCCAAGUAUGGAAAUGAAGCUGAUUUGAAGAGCUUAAUCAGUGCCUUCCAUGGAAGAGGGAUCAAGUGUCUUGCUGACAUAGUCAUCAAUCACAGAUGUGCUGAUAAAAAAGAUGGUAGAGGAAUCUGGUGCAUUUUUGAAGGUGGUACUUCUGAUGAUCGUUUAGAUUGGGGUCCAUGGGCUAUUUGUAGGGAUGACACCCAAUAUUCAGAUGGUAGUGGCAAUCUAGACACUGGGGCCAGCUAUGGUGCUGCCCCAGAUAUCGACCAUCUUAACCCAAGAGUUCAAAAAGAGUUAAUUGAUUGGAUGAACUGGCUUAAGUCCGAAAUCGGGUUCGAUGGGUGGAGAUUUGAUUUUGUGAAGGGAUACGCACCAAGCAUUACUAAGAUUUAUAUGGAGAAAACUAGGCCUGAUUUUGCAGUUGGAGAACUUUGGGAUUCAAUUACUUAUGACCCAGAUGGUAAACCUGAUUAUAAUCAAGAUGGGCCUAGAAAUGAAUUAGCUGGAUGGAUUCAAAAUGCAGGGGGUGGUGUUGUUUCUGCAUUUGAUUUCACAACAAAAGGUGUUCUUCAAGCAGCUGUUGAAGGAGAAUGGUGGAGAAUGAAAGAUGCCAAUGGAAGACCAAGUGGUUUGAUUGGGAUUAUGCCUAAAAAUGCAGUGACUUUUAUUGAUAAUCAUGACACUGGCUCUACACAAAAAUUAUGGCCUUUUCCAUCUGAUAAGGUCAUGCUUGGAUAUGCUUAUAUCUUAACACAUCCUGGAAUUCCAUCUAUAUUCUAUGAUCAUUUCAUUGAAUGGGGAUUGAAGGAAGAGAUAAUAAAGCUGACAUCAAUAAGGCAAAGAAAUGGAAUAACAGAAACAAGUAACGUGAAUAUAAUGGCUUCAGAAUCAGAUUUAUAUGCAGCAAUGAUUGAUGGAAAGAUAAUUCUUAAGCUUGGCCCAAAAAUGGAUCUUGGAAAUCUGAUUCCUUCAAACUUUAAGGUAUCAAUCUAUGGUAAAGAUUAUUGUAUUUGGGAAAAACAAGCCUAACACAUGUAGGGAAAAGAUUUACCUCAACAACACAUUCAUAUAUAUGCAGUUUUUAACUAUGCAAUAUUCAUCAAGAUUAUAACAUGAUUUUCUUAUAAAAUCAUGAUUAGUUAUAGUCUUAUAUCUCUCAUUGUUUGUUCUUUUUUGAAGCUUUUGCUUCCCUAUUAUUGUAUACGUCAUGCUACUUUAUUAAUAACAUUGGACUAAUUAAUGUAAUAUCUAA